AUGGCGUCCUCAAACACAGACCAGUCCAAACCCCAAAAUCUUGCGGGCAAAAUUGCAAUAGUGACUGGGGCGUCUCGCAGUAUCGGCGCCGGCAUAGCACUUGAGCUGGCACAAAGGGGAGCCAAGGUAGCCAUAACAUAUACACAAUCCAAAAGCGAUGCCCAAGCGCAAGGUGUAGUCGACCAAAUCAAGGCUCUGGGCAACGGCAGCUCAGCCAUCGCAAUUAGGACAGACUUGCGACUGGCGUCGUCUGCCAAAGUGAUCGUUGAUGAGACCGUCCGAAAAUUUGGCCCCCAUAUUGACAUCCUUGUCAACAAUGCGGGAGUGGAACUGGUCAAGUCGAUCGCGGAAAUCACCCCUGAAGAUUUCAGUUUUGUGUACGAUCUUAAUGUUCGUGCACCAAUGCUUUUGAUGAAGGAGGUUCUGCAGUACCUGCGCUCUCCAGGACGGAUUGUGAAUGUGGGAUCGGUCGCUGCCAGAUAUGGUUUCAACAGUUUGUCCGUGUACUGCUCGACGAAAGCGGCAAUAGAAGCAUUGUCGCGUUGCUGGGCUGCAGAGCUAGGUGGUGCAAAACAUACUGUUAACACAGUGAAUCCGGGACCUGUAUCGAGCGAGCUGCUCGACAAUAUUCCUCAGGAUAUUAUCGACAUGCAAAAAGCAAACACCCCGGCGGAGAAGAGACUGGGGACGGUUGAUGAUGUUGCACAAAUCGUGGCCUGGCUUGCGAGCGAGGAAAGCAGAUGGGUGACGGGACAGGCUAUAUCGGCGAGCGGUGGCUUUGUGAUGUACUGA